UGAAAUAAAGGACUGGAAACCAGUGUUCGAAGUUGCGGCCAUAAACUGUGCAGAUGAUAAAAAUAUACAAUUGUGCCGUGCUCAUGCUAUUGAUGCUUUCCCAACCGUUAAGUAUUUCAAAUAUAUGUCGAGAAGUCACGAUGACGGGGUGAAAUAUAACGGCAACAAACAUGAUAUGGUGAAUUUACCGCUGGAUGUUGCUCAGUUGGUUCGAGAUGACUGGCUUAAAAGGAAACCAUCUGAGCUACCGAACUUCGACUAUGAAUCGAACACUUCCACAUUGCAUAGUCUUUGGCGAUCGAGUGGCCCUCAAGCGAAACUGCUUGCAGUUAUUGUUGAAUCUCAUCCACCGAGGCAAGCUUGGGCGGCGAAGAUCAACUUUGCGCACGAUAAACGAGUUCAUGUCGCACUGGUGAGCAGCUCCGAUCCGUUAGCCAAAGAGCUCGGUGCCACUGAAGUUGGAGAUCUGCCGAAGUUUUAUUUGUUCACCAGAGCACAACCGAAGACGCCCGUCUUCACAUCGGGG